CACUCAUUGACGGAAGUUCUAUGAAAAUGAGGCCACUGUAAUUACACAAGUACCCUCCACAACCAAAAAAAUCUGAAAUCUGCCACUCUUGCAACAAUCCAUCAAAACCUCAAUUCAGAACUCAUCAAAGCUCUAGCAGAAGUACCAAGGCCGUAUGGAGGACGAGACAGCAGAGAGCAGGAAGAAAGCAAGACUAGCCAUUAUGGAACUGGCUAACAUGAUAAGCGUGCCCAUGUCUCUCCAUGCCAUCGUCCGUCUCAACGUACCUGAUGCCAUCUGGCAACGCGGAGCCAACACCCCUCUCUCCGCCCUCCAGAUUCUCUCUCGGGUCCUCCCUCCUGGCGGCGGAGAUCCCGAGAACCUCCAGCGUAUCCUCCGUAUGCUCACCAGCUACGGUGUUUUCACUGAACACCUUGACUGUACUGACUCCCCUGAAAGAAAAUACUCCCUCACUGACAUCGGAAAAACACUCGUAACGGACGCUGAGGGUCUAUCAUAUGCACCAUACGUGCUUCAGCACCACCAGGAUGCUUUGAUGAGAGCGUGGCCAUUGGUGCACGAGGCAGUGUUGAAUCCAACAUCAGAGCCGUUCGUGAUGGCAAAUGGUGAGGCAGCUUACAGUUACUAUGGAAAGAAGCCAGAAAUGAAUGGACUGAUGCAAAAGGCUAUGUCAGGUGUAUCAGUGCCAUUCAUGAGCGCUAUAUUGAACAGCUAUGAUGGGUUUAAAGAGGUGAAGAGAUUGGUGGACGUGGGAGGGAGUGCAGGGGAUUGCCUGAGAAUGAUUUUACAGAAACAUCCCCAUAUAAAUGAAGGGAUCAAUUUUGACUUGCCUGAAGUGGUUGCCCAAGCACCAAACAUUCCGGGCGUGAGCCACGUUGGAGGUGACAUGCUUAAAUCCAUUCCUGCUGGUGAUGCAAUCUUCAUGAAAUGGAUCUUGACUACCUGGACGGAUGAUGAGUGCAAGCUGAUAAUGGAGAAUUGUUACAAGGCACUUCCUGCAGGAGGCAAACUGAUUGCAUGUGAGCCAGUGUUGCCCAAGGAAUCAGAUGAUAGUCAUCGGACUCGGGCUCUCCUGCAAGGUGACAUUUUUGUGAUGACAAUUUACAGGGCCAAGGGUAAGCAUAGGACAGAAGAAGAAUUCAAACAGCUUGGCCUCUCUGCUGGUUUCCCUCAUUUUCGAGCAUUCCAUUUUGAUUACUUCUACACUGUCUUGGAAUUUCAAAAAUAGAAUGGAAAACUACCUGACUCAAUAAAAGAUACAGAUAAAAAUAAAAAUAGGAACCUCAUAUGCUGAUCUUUAUUUGUUUGUCAAUUGCUUUUCUAAUUUCCCAACGUAAGAGUUGAUUAUAUAUGCUGUUUGUUGACAAGAGCAUUGCUAGGACUGGACUGUACCUUUAUGAUAUUGUUGUUUGCACCAAAGGGUGCUUUUGUUUCUAUCAAAUAAGACUUAAUUUGGAGGUCUUUAUUUGU